AUGGAACACCUCGACUUCCCAACCACGUACAGGUAUACUUCUUUACCGUCCCCUAGCCAUAUCCGCCUUUUGUACAUACAUGACUAUGGGAGUGAGGAUAACACCGAGACGGCGACCUAUGAACUUCACGUCGUGGAGUUACCUUCUGACGACAAGCCGUUCGCAUUCGAAACCCUCUCAUACACAUGGGGCGCGCCAAAGCGCGUGGCCUCCCUCUCCUUCUGCAACGAAUCUGGCGUUAUUGGCCUGACGCAGAAUCUGUCCCAAGCAAUCCCACAUCUAGCACGCACUUCACAGACGCGAUACCUAUGGAUCGACCAGCUAUGCAUCAACCAGAAUGACCCACAAGAAAAGUCCCAGCAAGUCAGCAUCAUGGACCAGAUCUACAAAGCCGCCUCCCGCGUCAUCAUCUGGCUCGGACCCGCCGACGACUCCUCCAUGACUGUGAAGGAAUGGCUAGGAGAAUUGAACGAGGUCCUCGCGAGCCGCGACGACGCGUCUAGAACCAUGCCCACUGGCGAGCACUACAACGCCAGUGUCCGCAUGCUCCUCGUUCGCUCUACCUGGGUCGACUCACGCACGGAUACCAAAUACGCCCCCGCAGCCCGCCGUUUCUGGGGCCGCCCCUGGUUCCGCCGCGGCUGGGUAGUCCAGGAACUGUUAUUGUCACCCGUCGUCCUCUUUCUCGCUGGCCCUGACGCAUUUACCAUGCAGGACCUGUCGGAUAUCCAGACGCUACCGCCGGAUAUGGCGCUGCCGCCAACUGUGGACGACGACAACAGGGACAAUACCCCCGCGUACAACACACUGCUGAAUCUUAAGCGGUUUCCAUUCACCGACAUCCAGCCGCGCAGGUUUCUGAUGUAUAUGGCUGAGUCUGCAAGCGAUUUUGAAACCACCGUACUGGUAGACCGCCUGUGCGCUUUUCUGGGGUUACUGGAAGGUUCAACCUUCCGGCCUGACUAUACGCGCAGUGUGCGCUGGAACUUCACAGCCUUUGCGGCGAGUCUCGCAGCGGGAUUCGGCAGUCUAGACUUUCUGUCGCUGUGGUCUGCCAACAUCGAUGCCAAAAUACCAUCUACACCAGAGGAACUGAAGGGUUUUGCAAGCUGGGUGCCGUCCUUCACGUGGCUGCCGCUAAUCGCGCCGUUCCGCUUCGCGACGGGAGCCACACGUUCGUUUUUCACAUUCACAGAGGUGAAGUGGAACGCUGCGGCGGGUCGGAAGCACGUACACUCCCAGCGCGAAGACGCAGCGGCCACGGAACGCCUGCACGUCCGCGGCCAAAUCAUCGACCGCAUCUCCCUCAUCAGCGCAGCCAAAAUCGACCGCUACUUUGCCGACGCAGACACCCCCUAUCUCUCCUCCAUCGCCGCGCAUAUCGCAGCCGAUCUCCCUGCCUCACCCUUUGCCACCUGGACAGUCGUAGACCUCGUCGCCUUCCUGAACACCAUCUCCGCGAACGGCCAUUCGCCCAAGGAAUCCGCAGAAUUGAUUCUGGGCAUAGAGAAGAAGCGGAUGAGUACCGGCCUAAUUGACAAUUUGGGGUACAACGAGGCGCUGUCGUCGAGGCUUAGUAUUGGGAGGGGGCGGCGGUUUGCGAUGACGGAGGAGGGGAGGAUGGCGCUUGUGCCGUUCAUAGGGAGCCGUUCACAGAGCGGCGAGGAGAAAGGUUCGGCGAUUGCGGUGCUGCAUGGCUGCAUUGUGCCGAUUGUGUUGGAGAGAGUUGGGGAGGGGAAUGAGUGGAAAGUGGUGGGGGAUUGCUAUGUCGAGGGUGUUAUGCAUGGAGAGGUGGUGUGCUGGGAUGAGAAUGAGGGCGAGGAAUUCAUUUUGGUGUAG